GCGGAACACAUAUAGUGUAACACAAUGCUAGCGAUGUAGCAUUUACAUAAACUUGGAGGAGAUAUUUGACUUUGGAUAAGUUUUGUCCAGAAGACUAUGGUGUGAUGCACUGAAAUGGCUGGUCGUAUUCCUCUGGUUUUGCUGGCCUGUGGCUCUUUCAACCCCAUUACCCAUCAGCACAUGAGGCUGUUUGAGCUGGCCAGGGACCACAUGCACCAGACGGGUCUGUAUCGUGUUGUGGGUGGCAUUGUGUCUCCUGUCAGUGAUGGUUAUGGUAAACAGGGUCUUGUUGCGUCAAAACACCAGCUCGCUAUGGCAAGACUGGCCCUGCAGAGCUCUGACUGGGUUACUGACUGGGAGAGCUAGCAAUAUGACUGGACAGAAACUGUGGUGACCAUGAGGUACCACUACAGCCGAAUAGCCGCUCAAUACGUAAUAGGAUUGGUUUUCCCUACAGGUGGUCCCCAGCUGAAGCUGCUUUGUGGAGCUGAUUUCAUGGACACAUUUAAGGUGCCUGAGCUCUGGAGGGAGGAUCAUAUAGAAGAAGUGGUGGGCCGCUUCGGACUAGUCUGUGUGAGCCGCGGUAGCCUGCAGCCUGACCGGGCGAUACAUGAGUCUGACAUGCUGUCCAGGCACAGACAGAACAUUUUCCUAGUUCGGGAAUGGGUCCAUAAUGAGAUCAGUGCUACAGAGGUCCGACGAGCCUUACGACGGGGCCACAGUGUUAAAUACCUCUUACCAGACUUGGUUAUUGAUUACAUAAGUGAGCACAACCUGUACACGCAGGACUGCGAGAUGAAGAACAAAGACUUGAAACUACGACCGCUUACCAAGCAAACAAUACAAGACUGACACAUAGGGACUUUUACUUUACGCCACACUUAACGGAUGAAUGUCUUUGAAUUUUAGUAUGUUACAAAAUAUCAAACCGAGUGGCAUUUAUUUAAGAAAAUAUACACUAUAGUACAAACUUCAAAAUUAAGACAAAACAUAUUUGGACACUUGUUGUCAAAUGUUAGUAGAACAUGUCCAAACUACACUGGUGUUUACUCUACUAGGACCCUUGUGUAAACUUGAAAGGAACUGAAUUCAAUCAUCUGCUAAAAAUGACCUCAGAAAAGUGAAGUUCUGAAAAAAGGUCUAGCUUCAUUUGUUUGCUGAUGGCACUUAGUUUAAUAUUUGUUAGAUACUGCAAAGACAUUCUUACAUUUUGAAGUGUCCAAAAGUGUUUUUAUUUUUUGUUUGUUUUUUGAGCCACUGUAUAUUUCAAAGAUUUAAAUUUCCUCACUCCCUCUUCCUUUUUUAAGACAUGAAAGCAGGAAGCUCUAGAGACAUUGCAUAUUUUGAGAGAGUUUUAUCCAUAACCAACGUUACCUGUCCGCCACGGUGAAGUGUGUGGAGAGGGAUUUAAGAAUUUAUCCUAUCUCUGCAGGAGUUAGAUUUGCCAGAUCACUACAGAGCUGUAUGUAUAUGUUCUGCAGGUCUGGGAUUUGUUGACUUUUGCUGAAUGUCACAAGGAAGAUAAAUAACAGUGCUUUUACACUUUGGAGAGCAAACAUCCCUUCUUGAAUUUCCAUUUGCACAGUAGGCGUCAGUCAUGUUGUCAGAUCUUACAAGAUGUUUCAUCAAGCAUUGUCGAAAGAUAAAAGUUUCUGACGAAAUAAAAUGAAAGAAUGCAGUUUGGGAUGUUUGAGGUGAUGUCUAAUUCUGAAACUAAUAAUCUAAAUCUAAAAGUCUUCUUCAUUGUGUUGCUAACUGCAAAGUUUUGGCUCAAACAUGCUAGUUUCACUAAGUGUUUUUGAAAUGUUGGAGAACAAGCGUUUGCCUACAGCCUUUGUGUGUGGAGUUUGUGUGGGUUUAAAAGAAUGCCUUUAUCCACUCUCUCAAUAAAGAAGCUUGAGAAAUGGGCUGAUUGAGAUUAAUUCAACACAGUCUCUCUUUUCUAGAUGGCCACUGCAUUGCACAGAAUGGCCACGUGUGCCAACACAAAGCAAAAGACACUUUAACUGACAGUUGAAAGGUGUAACAAGUCAAUUAGACCAUAUAUCAAUAGCAAUACUUACUUUCCAGAAAACGUCUUUUAUUUGAAGAACAAAUAGUUCAACAGCACUAAAAUGCAUUUGAAAGGUGGCAUCCAGUUGUUUUUGCUGUUUUGCUUUUCACCUGAAAUUCUUUAAUUAAGGUGUCUUUGAUCAUGUGAACUAAUUGUUUUCACUAACCCUAGUUUAGUAAUUCAGCUCAACCGUGCCAAGAACUCCUUGUGAUCCCAGCCAACCCGUCUGUUGAUCACAACCUCACUAUUCAUCUUGGUUUAACUACACUAAAGCCAAACAGGACAGCCUGGAACUUGGGAGUGGUGGUUGAUGACCAGCUUAACUUCACCACCCACAUCUCAUCAACCGCCCAGUCUUGCAGGUUUGCGCAGUACAACAUCAAAAUCCGAAAUUUCCUGUCUGAAUGUGCUGUGUAGCUGCUGGUCCAAGCUCUGGUCAUUUCAAGAUUGGUCUACUGUAAUGCGCUGUUGGCCGGCCUCCCAGCUAGCAUGAUUAAGCCGCUGCAGAUGGUCCAGAACACAGUAGCAUGUCUAGUCUUCAGUCAAUCAAAGAGGGCUAACAUCACCCCCCUCUUGUUUUAACUCCACUGGUUCCUGUAGAUGCCUGCAUCAAGGCUUUGACAACAGUGGAACAACACCCUCUUACUUCAAGGGUGGUCAAGAGUUUGACAUAAUUGUAUGAUGUAAUCGUAUCCAAGUUUGUGAUGAUGGAUUCAAACUCUGGAGGCGGAGAUGCAGCUUCUACAAAAGUAUCUAAGAGAAGAAAAAAUAAACCCAAAGGCAAUCAGAUUAUGAUGACCCUAUUAAAAUUAGGGUUUCUUUUAAAUGAAAGCAUUCGUUCGUGGGAGAACAGAUAUAUCAAGUCUUCUUUACUUAAGCCCAUCAGUGGAAUCCAUUAAUGCACCUCACAAUGCUGGCUGAUUAUAACGGCUAUUGGAAAUGAUCUGCAAUGACAACUUUGAAAAGUAUCCCAAAGCUCUCUGUGAGUUUUUAGACAGCUCAGUAAAAGCAAUGAUAUGUUCUUAAUUAGAGAUUAAAAUGUGUGGAAGUUAGUUUAGCAAGACGUUAGUUUAGCAAGAUGUUAAAAAGGCCGAUAGUCUCAGGUCUAGUUAUGUAAAUUUAUAUUCUACUUUUUAUGAAGGCCUGCUCUAUCCUUUAAAAAAUAUACUACAUCAUGGUAACCAUAGUUUAUUGUUAUUACAAUACGACUAAUAACCUCCUGAGACCCCCGCGUGACUUCUGUGUGCAUCUUCCAUUUCAUUUUUUGGUCUGUAAAUAGUAGCACCUAAUAAACAAACAAAAAUAAAUAAAUAAUCUAGAGUAAUUUGUUUUCCUAAAAAUGUAUGUCCUCAUGUGGAGAGCGGGACUAAGUCGUGAAAUUUUAAGAAAUACCAAGCUAUAGAAAGUGAAUAUAAAAGUUAAAUUAGAUAUAAGAUAUGAACUAUACACUUGCGGUUCAUUUGAUUGUUUUUAACCAUUGCCAUUUGUACGUCAUGGUAUUGAAAAGGUCAUGGUACCACUUAAAGGUGGUGACUCAGACCUUUUGUUACAAAGCUGUGAGGUCUUUUGGAUAUAUACUCUCCAAACGUUAGCCACAAUGGGUCUUAAUGAUGAACUUCCUUUUUAUUGUUAUGCUGUGAUGAUGAAAUUAAUGUUUUGGAAACAAAUGUAUUUGCACAUUUAUGAUAAAUUUCUAUGUUUUUUUUUUUCAUCAAAUAGUUUAUUAUGUGUCCAGGAGUGUUGGUUAUUCAUGUUUUUGAGACGUUAUAGACAUUACAACUGAUUAAAAGUAAUGGCCAGCAUCAUCAAAUCACUGCCAAUCAUGUUAAAAAUUGUAAUAAUACAGUUCUGAAUGUAUGUACUAAUUAUCAUUGUCCCGUGUCUGCCAAACAUGUUGAGUGGUCCAAACAUCAUCUGCAGCCUGAAACUGAACUUUUGGUCGGAUUUUAGGAGUGAAUGCACUUAGCUGCAUAGGAAAGAGAUAGGAUGCACCCUUGCUCCCUGUUUAGUGAAUAAUUUAACUUCCAGUGUGCUGUCUGUCUGCACUGGUCUCAGAACAGUUUGAAAUGUACCUUCUUUUCAUUCCAAAUCCAUAUAAAUCCUCUGAAAGCAGCAUUUUUCAGCUUUUGGAUGAAUAAAUUUAUUCUCAAUGUGAAAAUGCACAGUAAUGUAUUGGAAUGCAUUUACUAAUGUUAGUGAAUAGCACCUUAUUGUACAGUGUUAACAAACAAAAAUAUAACACAAUUUAGAUUAAAAUGAA